UCCUUCCUGCGCCUUUAUCUGCAUCCGGGUCCGUGGGAUUCGCGCUCCACUGGUCAGCUGGGGUCGCUCGCGGGUGGUUGGGUGUUGCUUGUUCCCGCUGUUCCAGCGUCGGAAGAACCAUUGGGUCUGCCGGUUUGAACUUCUUGUUCUGGAAGCUGUGCGUCACCGUAAUGAGGCUUGUAAUUCUUGAUAACUAUGACUUGGCUAGUGAAUGGGCAGCCAAAUACAUCUGUAAUCGCAUCAUUCAGUUCAAACCUGGACAGGACAGAUAUUUUACACUGGGUUUACCAACAGGGAGUACACCUUUAGGAUGCUAUAAAAAACUAAUAGAAUAUCAUAAGAAUGGACACCUUUCUUUUAAAUAUGUGAAGACCUUUAAUAUGGAUGAAUAUGUAGGACUUCCGAGAAAUCAUCCUGAAAGCUACCAUUCUUAUAUGUGGAAUAACUUUUUUAAGCAUAUCGAUAUAGAUCCUAAUAAUGCACAUAUCCUUGACGGGAAUGCUGCAGAUUUACAAGCUGAAUGUGAUGCUUUUGAAAAGAAAAUAAAGGAAGCUGGAGGAAUAGAUCUUUUUGUUGGAGGAAUUGGUCCAGAUGGUCAUAUCGCUUUCAAUGAGCCUGGAUCCAGUUUAGUAUCAAGGACAAGAUUAAAGACUCUAGCAAUGGAUACCAUCUUGGCAAAUGCCAAAUAUUUUGAUGGAGAUUUAACAAAAGUGCCAACUAUGGCUCUAACUGUUGGUGUGGGGACAGUGAUGGAUGCUAGAGAAGUAAUGAUCCUUAUAACAGGGGCACACAAGGCAUUUGCCCUGUACAAAGCAAUAGAAGAAGGAGUCAAUCACAUGUGGACUGUUUCCGCUUUCCAGCAGCAUCCCCGGACUAUUUUUGUAUGCGAUGAAGAUGCUACUUUAGAAUUAAGAGUUAAAACUGUGAAAUACUUUAAAGGUCUUGUCUGAAAGAAGACAUAGAAGAAGAAAAAACUGGGUGACAAAGUAGAAGAAAAUCCUCAAUACAAAGGAACAUGAAGAUUCCUUGGUAAGAAGAAUUAUAUAUGCUAACUCUCUUCACUGACAAGAUGAUUAAAUAAAGUUAAACUUCCAAGUCACUGUAGCAUAUUCGUUAAACACUGGAAUUUGUCUCUGCAUGUUAACAUUAACAUUCAUGCACUGUGUGGGAGUUUUAUAGAUGUCAAUGUUCAUUUUUCCCCUUCUGCUUCCUCAUGUUUCACAUCUGUGUUCUACUGUAUACUAUCCUGUAACUUAAGAUUUUAGGGCAUAGUGAGGGUAUCUAGAGUUAUAUGCCCCAACAACAACAACAACAACAACAACAACAAAACAGCCUCUCAGAAUGCUAUGUCCUGAGUUCCUUAUUUGUUAUUUAAUAGUAACUCUCCUUUCACUUUUAUCUGGCUUUUCUCCAUGUACUCCUAUGAGAUACACAAUGGUUUUCAUGACGAGGACAACCUGUUCCUGGAAAGACUAAGUUAUUAAAGUGUUCACUAAUGGAGAGGCACAUUUAACAUUUUUUACAGACUGAAUAUGCACUUUUAUUUUUCAAAUGUAAAUAGAUGCUCUUGAGAUUGCAUAACAUACAAAUACAUUUUAAAAAUGCCACUGAGGUUACGGUAGAUUUUUGAAAUUAGGUCUAAUUCUUAACAGACAAGGAAUACAACUCUUCAUGAAAAGGGGACUAAUUUUUUUUGUUAAAAGAGAAAUAAAAGUUACAUAAUCUAAGGAAACUUUUCUCCUAUAAGCAAAUCACAAGUAGUCUGUAACACCUAUAAAGUUGUUCCAAGUCAUUCUAACCUUAGAGUAUGAUUCUCAACUAUCUUCAAGAAAGCUGAAAUUACUAAAUAAAUGAAGAAUUAGUAUACCCUUGCUCAUCAAUAUUUCAAAAAAGUUGGUCAGACAUCUUAGGUUCUCAUUAUUUUUUUACCUAGCAUAUCCAGAAGAUAGGGAUUUCAAAGAGUCAUAAAAAUCUACCACAAUUUCAUUCAAAGGAAAGAGAUAUUUAAGCAUAACUCUAUUUUGAUCAAUAAAUAUCAUAUUCUUCUGAACUGCUCUUCGAGCCUAAAAAGGGAAGGAAGAAAAUGGGUUUAAUGACAACCUACUCAAAUACUGAGGAAUAAUGUAUUUCUCUAAAGGUCUAGUAAAAACUAUAGGCAGUAUUUAUAAUCCAGAGAGAAACAUUUUAUAUUUCAAUUACAUUAGGCUUGCUACCAAAGCUUUUAAUCCUUACCUAACAAUUUUAUCUUUUAAAAUAAACACUAUUUCAUUUAACAGUAAAUCAAAUGUAACUACAUAAAAAGUCAAAAGUCCUAAUUUCUUGUUUUACAAAUAAUUAGGUCCAGAGAAAUUAAAAGUGUAAGACCAAGAUUACAAUCUAGUUUUUAACCUAAUCAAAACUCAAGUCACCAUUUGACACACUUUCCAAUAUGUGUCAGAGUAUUUCACAUAGAUAUUUUUAAGGAAUAUAAUUACAUACCAUUUGUGGAUUAAAUCAUUUAUUACAAUGUGGUGAGAACUAAAGCAAAAUGGGAGUACCUUCAAAUUAAUUAUCUUUCAAAC